AUGUUCGCCAGAAGAUGCUUUUCCACCACAUCGGUGGUCUCAAAGAUUAAGGUUAAGAAUCCCAUUGUUGAAUUAGACGGUGAUGAGAUGACUCGUAUCAUUUGGGACAAGAUUAAAUCUAAAUUGUUAUUGCCCUAUGUUGAUGUAGAUUUGAAGUACUACGAUCUUUCAGUCACUUCUCGUGAUGCUACAGGCGAUCAAAUUACUCAUGAUGCUGCUAAUGCAAUCAAAAAGUAUGGUGUUGGUGUUAAGUGUGCCACGAUUACUCCAGAUGAAGCUCGUGUUAAGGAGUACAAUUUGAAAAAAAUGUGGAAAUCACCAAAUGGUACCAUUAGAAACAUCCUUGGUGGUACUGUGUUCAGAGAACCAAUUGUUAUCCCAAGAAUUCCCAGACUAGUGCCAGGAUGGGAAAAGCCAAUUAUUAUCGGUAGACACGCUCAUGCUGAUCAGUACAAGGCAACCGAUACUUUAGUUGCUAAGCCUGGUAAAUUGGAAUUGGUUCACAGACCAGAGGAUGGAUCUGAACCAACUACUUUGGAAGUCUAUGAUUACAAGGGUCCUGGUGUUGCACUUGCCAUGUACAACACUGAUGAAUCAAUUCGUGGAUUCGGUCAUGCCUCUUUCAAAUUAGCCCUUGACAAGAAAUUGAACUUGUACCUGUCCACAAAGAACACAAUUCUAAAGAAGUACGACGGUCGUUUCAAGGAUAUUUUCCAAGAAUUGUACGACACUCAAUACAAAGCUGAAUUCGAAAAAGCCGGUAUCUUUUAUGAACACCGUCUAAUCGAUGACAUGGUUGCCCAAAUGGUUAAGUCUAAGGGUGGAUUUAUCAUGGCAUUGAAGAAUUACGAUGGUGAUGUUCAAUCUGAUAUCGUGGCUCAAGGUUUCGGUUCUCUUGGUUUAAUGACAUCAGUUUUGAUUACUCCUGAUGGUAAAACUUUUGAAUCAGAGGCUGCCCAUGGUACCGUCACUAGACAUUACAGACAACAUCAACAAGGUAGGGAAACCUCUACCAAUUCAAUUGCUUCUAUCUUUGCAUGGUCCAGAGGUCUAGCUAAAAGAGGUGAAUUGGAUAGCACCCCAGAGGUUACCAAAUUUGCCAACUUGCUAGAAUCUGCCACUUUGGAUACUGUUCAAAAAGAUGGUAUUAUGACCAAGGACUUGGCCUUCGCAUGUGGUAAGAACGACAGAUCCGCUUGGGUUACCACCAACGAAUUCUUGGAAGCAGUCGAGAAAAGAUUAAAGAGCGAAAUUCAAACUGUGGAUUAA